GUAGUCACAAUAUGGCCAGGGAGGCGUUGAUUUCUUAGUACCGACUCAAUAUACAGGCAACUUUGAGCUUUUAAAAUGGGUAGAAACAUUCCAAAUAACGUCACAAUGUUGAGGAAACGCCAGCUUCAUAAGCAGCUGUGUUUUUUCCGACGAAAAGAAGGCAAAAUGAAGUAUAUUUUUGGCUUUUGUGGCACGAAUUAUGGUGAAAUUACAAGAGGGCCGUGUUUGGGAAUGAAAAGUAUACUUUGGUUUUCGCCCUGAAUCCGUUCAAAUUUAACAUGGAUUCUUUCUUAUUUAUGUGGAGUUACAAAGUUGUGAGUUUUACAGUGGGUUUUGGCUGAGUUUGACUAAUUUUAGAAUCAUUUUGAAACGAAUAUGUUUUGUAAUUUUCCAAAUUUCACGCAAAAAUUAUGGCGGCGAACAAGCGAAGCCGGAAAGAAGAGCCUCGAUUCUAUGUGUUUAUCGACUAAGGAGAAUUCACCAUUUAAUCAGAGUAAAAUUUUAAUAUUUUCUGCAAAAUUCGAGUACCUCUUGCCAGUAUCAUAUACAACAGAUUUUUUUUCGAUUUUUGUUAUUUUAGUGUUUUAUACAUGUUCGCAAAAAAGUAUUUGGAAACAAAAGUUGACCACAAAAAAGAUAUAGAACACUUGUUAGAGCUAUGUUUGAAGUUGUUAGUUUUUGAAAUAGCUUUUCCUAAUCAAAUUAUAAUCAAGCUGCCUCAAAUUUAUUUAAAAUGAAAGUAUUAUUUCAAAAAUAUAAAUUAUUUGGGAAAAAAAGGAGCAUUUUAUAUAAAGCAUAAUUCUUUUAAGAUGAAAAAGAAAAUUCUCAUCACGUGCAAAUAUUGCUUUUAUUGUCACCCCCCGUGAAAUACCACCUGUUUUUCAGGCGAUUUUGACACCCCCCGGUAAAGUGCAGUUUUACACAAGGCAUCAAAGAUCUAUUUGUAGAACUACGGUUCAAUCGUACAAGUAGCGAAGAUGUCUUUUUCAAUGGAGCAGCGAAUUCAAGCCGAAAGUCGAGGAUUUAAACCUGCCGAGGUAUUGGAACUGAACCUCGAUAACUGUCGAACUACAGGACAAGUGGAAGGGCUAACGGAAAGUUUCGUAAACUUGGAUUACCUAUCGUUGAAUAAUGCUGGUCUAACGUCGCUAAAAAACUUCCCUAAAUUGCCGAAUCUCCGACGCCUCGAACUCAGCGAUAAUCGUAUAUCGUCGGGGCUGCAUCAUUUGCAAGGUUUUCAAAAACUCACGCAUCUGAAUUUAAGCGGUAAUAAAAUAAAAGACCUCGAAACGCUGAAGCCUUUGGCCGAAUUAGCGAACCUCAAGAGCCUCGACCUCUAUAACUGCGAAGUUACAAAUGUUGAAAAUUAUCGAAGUGAAGUAUUCAAGUUGUGUUCAUCUCUAAAGUAUUUGGACGGAUACGACAAAUUCGACAAAGAAGCGGACGAAACAGACUCGUCAGCAGACGAUGAGGACGAUGAUGAGGGAAGCGAAGGGGGAGAUGAUGAUGAUGUUGGAGAGGAUGAUGAUGAAGAUGGCCUCGAUGAUGAUCUUGAAGAUGAGGAAAACGAGGUAGAUGAUAACGAUGAUGAAGAUGAUGACAAUGAAGACGAAGACGAUGACGACGACGAUGAUGAUGAAGAAGAUGAUGCCGAUGAUGAAACUGGGUUAGAAUAUUUACAGAGGGAUAAUCUUCAGGAUGAAGAAGAUGAAGGUGAUGACUUUGAGCCAGAUGAAGAUGGAGAUGAAGACGACGAAGAAGAUGAUGACGAUGAUCCUGACUUUGAUGAAGGUGCCGCCGAUGCUACCCCGGAUGCAGGUGUUGACUGAACACCAAUCGCCAUGUUUAGGAACUAAAUAACUGUUUAUAUUUUCUGUAGCUAUUGUAUCAGAGCCAUCAUUUUUCUUAGUGUAAUGUCUUGUUGGCAUUUGUAAAUAAACACAUCACCAGACUCAA